AUGGAGGGUAAGGAGACUCAAUCUCCUGGAUCCGCUCUCCGUCGCUCAGCCAAUCACGACGACGGAAUAGAUCCCUUCGAUGCAAUCCUAGAUGCUGACGACGGCUCCGAUGACGCCAGCCCGUCCCUCACGAAAUCCCGGCCGUCCAAUCUCUUCCGUCCGAUCCAGCAGCUCUGGCGACGACCCGUCGUGCGAUUCGCCGUCGCACAGAUCUUCAUCGUCUGGGCUGUCGCAGCGUCGGUUCUUUACAUCCAAGAUGUCGCAAUGUCGCACGAGGGGUCGCUACAACACAGCGACAUUUCAGGUCUAGGUGCUGGCAGCGGCCUCGGAGCCGCCGGUCAAGCAACCUUAUUGGAGCAGCUUAAAAAGCGGUUUCACGAACGUUGUCCCAUGCGCCCACCAGUGUGCCGGCCCAGGAUUGACCUGAAGGCGGUCGCGCAUAGCGCGAAGCACUACUACGCGCAAGACAAGCCCGGGGACGGGGAAACCGCGGGGCCGGGGGGAAGCACGGGGGGAUCCGCGGACGGGAAGAAUGGGACUAGCGGGGGCGGAGACGGGGCUGGCGGAGCGGGGGAUGAGCUUCCGCUGGUGGUUUUCUUUGCGGGGAUUGAGGGUUCCGAUGAUGCGAGCGUGUGGCAUGGGAUCACUCACUCGCGCUCACCCGCUCCUCGGCUCGCCCGCUCGCCUGCGCAUCCACUCACACGCUCAUCCACUCACCCGCUCGCCCAAAUACCUCGACCCAAUUCCCCAAUCACCCGUUCACUAACUCUGAACGUGCAAUUCCCUGCCUGCCCGUGCUCUCCUCUGCGCGUCCUGCAGUGGUGGCAUUGGAGCCGCUGCUCCACCUCACCUCCUCCACUUACUUUAUUCCCCAUUCCCCCAACCUCCCCAACCUCCCCUGUCUUGCCGUGCAUUUCCCUGCCUGCCCGUGCUCUCCCCCCUGCGCCGUCUGCAGUGGUGGCGUUCGAGCCGCUGCUCCACCUCACCUCUGAGGAGACCCAGACUCACGUGCACGGCGUGGACGCGCGCUGUCCGCGUCUGCCCUACGCGCGUCCCCUGCGCGCCUAUGCCAAGGAGAUGGCCGUGCGACUGGCUGAGACUGGCAACGCCGCGUACCUGCGAGCCCGGGACUCCUACCCUCUGGGCCGGGUUCGGACGCCCUUGGCUCGGCCGGACCUAGUGCACAUGCUGCAGCUGGACGGGCUGCUCUUCAACCUCAAGGUGGUGGUGAUUUCCCGAGGACUCCCUGACGCCGUGCGAUCCGCCUACCGCAUGGGCUACCAUGGGGGCGACUUGGGCCUGCAGGUGCGCAUAGUGGAGGACGAGAUGGUGUUUCUAGACACCACCAUGCGCAUGAUCCCCUGCAGCAAGUACAUCGUGCUCGACUUUGACUGGGUGGCUGAUAGUCCUGAGCCUGGCAGCAUCCUCCAGGCCGUCCCUGAUGAUGCUGUUGUUGAUGGUGCUCUUGGCCACGCUGAUCGCCCGCCUCAUGAGAUCCCAAGUCCCCCCUCGCUGGCUCAGCUCGCUGCUCUAGUGCCGUGGGCCACUGUCGCCAUGCGCCUUCCCCGUUGCCCCUCCCCCUUCCCCCCACUCCUCCCCCCUCCCUCAACUCGAUUAUCGCUUACGCUCAUUCGUCUUUUGGCGGAUGGUGGUGGUGGUCCGUGUCCCCCCUCGCUGGCUCAGCUCGCUGCUCUAGUGCCGUGGGCCACUGUUGCCAUGCGCCUUCCCCGUUUCCCCCUCCCACCACUCGUUUCUCGUUUCCCUCCACUGGGGAGUGGAGUGCAGGCGAGUGGCGGCAGAGCAGCAGAGCAGUGGCUGCAGCAGCACAGCGGUGACAAGUCCUCAUCGCUGCCACUAUGGUUUCUCGUCGUGCAUCCUACUUGCUGCGUGCAAUGGUGCCAAUCGCUUCGCAUCUCCCUUCUCGCCGUGGCUUUCCCCCCGUCGGCCAAAGGGGUGCAGGCGGCAGAGCAGCAGCAGAGCAGCAGCAGAGCAGCAGCACGGCAGUCAGUAUCAGUCAAUGCCAGUCAACUCCAGUCCUCAGCACCGCUGCCAUCGCUGCCAUUAUG